AUGAACAUUUUAAAGAUUUUUUUUCUUAUUUUUGUGAUUGGAGCCAAUGCCAAUAUUUUCGAAAGGAUAAGUAAUAUAACAAUCGACGUACAAAAGAAAAUUGACUUUCUUAAACGUACUAAAGAUACUGUACAGUUUGUAAUUAAAACUACUUUCGAUACUGGUUCAACUGCUGCUAAAGACAUUGUGAAAGAAGUCUUUGACUCAUCAAAGAUACCUCCUAGGAUCCCAGUGCCUGGUUUAAUAAAAGAAGCUGGUUAUCCCGUAGAAAGUCACUUUGUAACUACUUUGGAUGGAUAUAUUCUUAACAUACACAGAAUACCUCAUGGUAAAACCGAAAAGCGCAAAAAUGCUGUUGUAUAUUUGCAACAUGGUAUUAUGUGUGCUUCAUCUGAUUGGGUGCUAUUUGGAGAAAAACAUGGGUUAGCUUAUAUAUUGGCAGAUCAAGGUUAUGACGUGUGGAUGGGUAACACUAGAGGUAAUUUUUAUUCACGAAAUCAUACGACUUGGAAUCCAGAUAAGGAUGCCGAAUAUUGGCAAUUUAGUUGGAACGAAAUGGGAAUUUAUGAUUUACCAGCAAUGAUUGACUAUGCGUUAAAUAAUACAGGAAAACAAAAUCUCUAUUAUAUAGGACAUUCUCAGGGCAAUACAGCUUUUUAUGUCAUGGCUUCUGAAAAACCAGAAUAUAAUAAAAAGGUUAAGCUUCAUAUAAGUCUUGCUCCAGUAGCCUAUCUUAAAAAUACUGUUAGUCCUUUAUUGCAACUACUGUCUCAUGUACACAGUCCUUUGGGAUAUCUGAUGGAAUUAGCUGGAAAGAACGAAUUUUUACCCGAAAAUGGACUUACCAGUAAACUUACUAACACAAUUUGUAGAGAAAAUAUUGGAAAGGUCUUAUGCAAAAAUAUUUUAUUCAUUAUGGUCGGAUUUAACCCUAAACAAUUGGAUGUCUCUAAUUUAGGUCUUAUAUUAGCACACUAUCCAGCUGGUGCAGCAACCAAACAAAUAAUUCACUACCAACAAGAAACAAUAUCCGAUAGGUUUUGCAAAUACGAUUUUGGAGAAAUAAAAAAUUAUCAAUUGUAUAAUCAAAGUCACCCAUUGCCAUAUGAUCUCAGUAAAAUUUCUGCCCCUGUAGUCCUUAUUUAUAGCCAUAAUGAUUGGCUGACACAUAAGUUGGACGUGAACAGAUUAUCCAGGGAACUGGGCAAUAUUAAGGAGAUAUAUUUGGUCCCAGAUUCUAAUUGGAAUCAUUUAGAUUUUAUAUUUGCCAAUGAUUCGCCAAAGAUUAUUUACAAAAAAGUUGUUGAUCUGUUAGAAAAUUCUUAA